AUGGGGGGCGUUGAUAUGUACAAUUUGGUGACUUCAGCCAUCCGAAAAAUAAAGGGCCACAAGCAGAGACCUUCGGAGGAUCGGAUCAGCCACAUUCUCGAGACUCUCCAUGGAGUUUCGCGAGCUGAGACGUUGGGAUUUCUCGAGAAGGCCACUGCCGAUGGGACUCUUCUAAGGGUUGAGGGACCAAAUGGCUGGUGCUACCGCGUCCAAGACGAUACAUUAGGGCCCGUGAAGAGGAAACCGGCGAGCUCAAAACUCAAUGCGAAAAUCAAAAGUGGGCAUGCCAAGAAAGAAGCGGACGAUGACAACGCCAUCAUCCAUAGAUCAACCAACUUGCUAAACGUCGUUGAACAGGUCUUGUUGUCCCUCGGCGAAUCGGCUUCGAUUGUGGGACUGCAAAAGUUUAUCAAACGACAGUAUACAUUGGUUGAAAUCAGUAGUAACCAGUUGCUUAAUCGGCUACGUCUGGCCGCGAAGAAAGGAGUGAUCAAGAAGCGUCUCGUGAGGUACAAUGACCAAACAUAUGGUUUACCAACGAUUCAUCAAGAGUCGCAGAAUCCGGCAUCACCUCUGAAGGCGAUCGCUCCUUUUGGAUCGCCGACGGCACCACCGAAAACUUUCUCCUCCGGGAAGAUUGAAUCGGCCGAUGGAGAGGCCGAUUGUGCUGUCUGUGGCCAAACGGAUCGCCGCGCUCAAAUGUGCGUGUGUUCCAAGUGCUCGUUCGCCGGUCACGGAGCGUGUUUGAAGCUUGGCGAGAUUGCUCAGAAAACGGUGGCGGGACGCCGCUGGGAAUGCUCGCAAUGCAAGCGUUGCCUCAAAUGCAAUCAGCUCGGAUCCGAACAGGCCUCGGAGCUACUAUACUGUCACAGUUGUGACUCGAUGUGUCAUAUACACUGCUUGGGUUCCGCUUCACCUUCGAAGAAGCACCCUCGCGUCGCCUGGAGAUGUAAUAAGUGUUCAGCCACCAGCGCCAAGAAGAAAGCCCGCUCGAUCGUCAACUCGUUGGCCAAGAAAAUCAAACAGAAGAAUGCUCGCAACCAAUUCGCGGGAGGCAACGCGCGCAAGGUUUCCAAAUUAAACGCCAGAUCGAAGGUUCCGAUGAAGAACACGACUGUUCGCACAUCGAUCAAGAAGAAGAAGAAAGAACAUCGAUCUAAGGCGGAGGUUCAACGGCCAAAGAUCUCUCUCAAACUCACUGUGGAACUUAAUGACGGCCUAUCGAGGUUUUUUACGCCUAGCGAUAAGCGUAAACCACCGAAACUCCGAGAGGUACAUGAAGAAAAACACAAAGUCAACAACGAUGAGCAGAACGAUCAAGAGGCGCGGGAGAAGCACGCGACAGCCAGAGGGAAUAAAUCCACCCGUCAGAACACCAAAAACGAGUGCAAUGGAGUUUCGCAUGACACGCACGAUAGCAGUCACUACGAAACCGCUGAGAGUUCUUUCGAUGACGACGAUGACGAUCGGACGAUGUCUUCGUCUGCCACGGACGCCAGUUUGGGCCCGUCCAUGCCCGCUGACAUCAUGGGGACCCGGAGCAACAUGAAGACGGGCUGCCGCACUAAGCAGAAGGGAUCGAAGAAAACGGCCGACAAUUUCCUUGCGGGCCUGCAGCUGGUGAAGGUAUCGAAGAAAAAGACAAGUCACGAGCCAACUACGAAGAAAGGAAUACUGCGGCGAGACCAUCAGCUUGUCGUACAACGUAUCAAAAAGCUGUUACCGGAACUCCACAGUGCGAACGGCGGCCAAAAGAAGAGUCGGAGAGCUCGAAAUGCCUCACUCUCGUCUGACUCCGCCGUCUCCGAGCCUUCCGAGCUCUCGUACGUGGAAGAAGCCAGCACUUCAAUAAGCGAGGAUCCUCCAGCGUUACCCCCGGGAGCUGUUUCGAAAGACGCGGAGCUCUUCCGAUUGGCACAGUCUCUCGCUCUGAAGAACAUAGGGGCUGAGCUCUUGGACCCUUCGCAACGCUGUCCCGGCUCGAUUCAGUUCGGACCCUACUCCAUUGAGACGUGGUACUCCUCCCCGUAUCCUCAGGAGUAUGCGCGUCUUCCAAAACUGUACCUUUGCGAGUUCUGUUUGAAGUACUGCAAAAGUAAGGACACCCUCAAACGGCACCUGCUCAAAUGUCCAUUACGGCACCCGCCCGGAACUGAAAUCUACCGGCACGAUGACAUAUCGGUCUUCGAAGUGGACGGACAAGCGAACAAGAUCUUCUGUCAACAGCUCUGUCUACUUGCUAAGCUUUUUUUGGACCAUAAAACGCUGUACUACGAUGUCGAGCCGUUCUUGUUUUAUGUGCUGACCACCUGGGAUUCGAAGGGAGCCCAUUUGGUGGGAUACUUCUCAAAAGAAAAACACUGCGCACAGAGGUAUAAUGUCUCCUGCAUCAUGACCAUGCCACAGUAUCAGAGGAGAGGUUUCGGUCGAUUCCUGAUAGACUUUAGUUACCUGCUCAGUCGGACGGAAGGAGUCGCAGGCACACCCGAAAAACCCCUCUCCGACCUCGGACGUGUUUCCUACCAGGCCUAUUGGAGAAGUAGUCUCUUAGAUAGUAUCUCGGAGUUAGAAACUACAAGGAUAAAUUCCCCAUUCCAGAUCUCGAACGAUACGGGCCUCAACGUGCACGACAUUGCUGCCACGUUGGUUUUGCUGGACAUGAUUAAGGAAGACCGAUCUUCUUAUGAACGGAGGAUAUUCUUCUUGGAUAUCGAUGCCGACGUUAUCCUGUCCUAUAUGGAGAAACUCGAGCCCAAGAGGAAGUAUCGUAUACCCUUACAUCCUGAAUCUCUUCGCUGGACGCCUCUGCCAUUCGGAGCCAGCCUGCUCGAAUCAUCGAAGGGUGAUACAACUGGGAAUGAAGAUGCCGCGGAUGUCGAUCCGCGGAGGAAGAAAGUAAAGAAGCGAACCACAAUUGCGAAACCUAGGAUGAAACAACUUCCUCCGAAAAUAGAAGAAGCUGCGAGUUGCGAGGAAACGGAUGUCCCGGCAGACGACGAUGAGUCGACGCUCGGCGCUUCCGAGUCGGCUAAGAGCCGGUCGAGGAAAUCCAAAGAACCCAAAGGCAAGAGGCCUCGAUCGUCUAACAAGCGAGACAUCAAGAGUGAGGUCAAAGAAGAAAUACUUUCAGCGAAUGAGAACGGGGAGGACCCGGAAGAGCCGCAGACCAACAAAAUUUCGCGAACACGAACGCCAAAGCCGAUGGAAGCCGAAGCCGGUCCACGUGGGAAGAAGAAUUCCGUCAGAGGUUUGGUCAAUUCUAAUGAUGAAACCACUAGCGAGGAUGAUUCGUUCAACCAAGCGAGCAAGACCUCUCCGGGAGUCAGAACUCCUCGGAAGCGCAUCAGGAGGAAAACUGCCGCGAGUGAGCCCGGUGAAGAUGAAGUUGACGGUGAUUGCAAUUCCAUGGAGAUUACCGAUGCUUCGAGACUGCAUGCCGAAGUCACGGAGAAACGUGAACUUGUCAGCAGUCCCGAAAUCGUGACGGAGAAGAAAGACGUCGGUGGAGAUUUGUGCUCUCCUCUGAGGAGCAACAGAAAACGUAAACCAUUCGUGGACAGCGCGUCGCCCCCGAAGAGCGCGAAACGGCGAACACACUUUCUCAACGCCGACGGAAACCCCGACGUGAAAGUGAGCGGAGAUAUAAACGCAUCGACUGCUUUAGAAACAUCGACAGACAUCACAGUGGACUCAUCGAAGCAGUCGGAGGCUGACAAGACCGACAUUGACGCGGAAGAGGAAGACGAACUUCUCUUCGGGUCGACAUCAGUUGAGUCAAGACCUCCGGUCGUGAGGAAAUCAGCGGUAGGGAAUGCGAAAGCCAAGAAAAAGGUUCAUGUGAUGAUGCGCACGGCGAAAAGAAGACGGAAGAGGCCUCUGGCGAAUUCUGCUGCUGGCACCGGAAAUGCCCAUGAGGGGCUGAGCGGUAGCACUAGUGUUGGAGAGAAGACGAUUCAUGGCAAAUCGAAUGGCAAAGCUGGCGGUGGUGCAGCCAGGCAGACCCUGAUAUCCUCUUUCGUCGUGCCUUCGCCGAAACUUAUAACAACGCCUAUAGAAACUCCGCUUACAUCAACGCCCUUGAGAAUGGAUCGACCUGUUUCUGAUGCUACUGAGGAUGAUGCCGGAAAGACGCAAGCUGAACGAGUGACUCCACCCGAGGAGAUAACCGAGACCAAGAACGGUCAUCCGGAACCGUCGCUGGCCGAUUCUCCGAUGACCAACGCCCCGACCACCAUGGUCUGCUUGCCGCCCAAGAAAAGCCGUCGGAGACUCCUCGAAGACGCUCUCCUCCGGAGAAAGAGCACAGACAGCAAAGAUAAUAAUCUCGAAGCUGUCCGUCCUGCCUGCAUUGGUCGCAGGACUCGGCAGUCUCUUGAAUUGGAACGCCAGGAUGAACAUCAGGCCAUCGAGGCGAUCAAUCGAGUCACAUCGAAUGGACAGCAGGAGCUCGCAUCGGGAAGGGUUGAUCAGAGCUGCGAUAUCAAGGAGAAGGAUUCGAAUGCUGCUGCAGCUGGGGCCGAAACCAACCACGAUAAUACAUUGCGGAGCACAUUGGAAACUCCACCGAAGAAACCCAUUGACGAGGUCGAAGAACCUCUCCAGCGCAAAAGAAGUCGACCGCCAAAGAAGGACUACAGGUAG